GUGGCAACGUUGUAAGGAUGAUCGUUUAUAGUCGUGCUGCACAUUACACAAACAAGACAGUGUCGUGUUCCCAAAAUCGAAAUGUGUUUUAAAUACCAACGCGGUGUAGUGUGUGUGAGGGAGAGAAGAGCAGCACGGUUUCAGUAAAAAGUUCUCUAAACUAAUGAUUACUGAUCCACCGUGACGUUUAAAUAUCAAAUAAUAUUAAACUUAUUCAUUCAUCGGCUGAGAAUAUCGAAGAUAAAAACAGGUUGUUUCCAAUAAAAAAUUAGCAAAUAAAAAUAUAGGCACGUAUCCUCUCACACACAUUACAAGGACGCCAUAUUGAUUGGAACUUCGCUUUAUAUAUAUAUAUUUUUAGACAAUUUUUAUUAUUUUCUUGUUUUUAUAUGCUAAGAAUUAUAACAAAUAAUUGUAGUUUUAUUAUUUCGUUAAUACGUUUGAUCCAGCAAACAAUUGUACUGCAAGAAGAAGCUUGAAACGAUUUUUUUUCUGUACAUCAUAUAUUUUCUUCUAUACGUUCUUAUCUUGUUUCUGUUAUCAAUUUUUGUAAAAUAUACAUUGUCGUUUGAUAUUUGGUCUUAAUAUAGUGUUGGCUAUAUUAUGAGCAACAUGAGGGGUAAAGAACAUUCGCCAUAUCGAAUAUCAAGAAGCAGAUCUAAUUCUCGAUCGCGUCGUAAUCAAUCUCGUUCAAAAUCAAGAUCACAUUCUCCCCAAUACCGAAGGCACGCCAGAAACCAUAAAUAUCAUAAAUAUGAUCAUGAGAGAUCUCCAUUGAAUGAUGAAAAUAAUAAAGAAUAUAAUAAUAGACGGGAGAGAGAAUCGUCGUAUGAUGAUGAUAGAAGAAGCAGAAGUACUAGUCGCGAAAGAGAGUACCGAGAUAGGGACAGAGAUAGUAGAUAUUAUAAAAAUUCGCAUAAAGACUAUAGAAGGAGCAGAAGCUCCGGUAGCGGUUCCAGGUGGGAUUACAAAGAUGAACGAAGUAGGGAUAGGGAUCGAUACCGCGAUAGGGAUAGGGAUAAUGAAAGAGAUAGCGAUGAUAGCGAGAGAAGUUCAAACGGAGGAGUACUCGGGGCGAGUGGCUCUGAGAUCAUUGGAUACAAAAGCCAACCGCCCAAUAAUACCAUUAUGAUUCGGGGCCUGGCUCAGCAUAUUACCGAAAAUGACAUUCGACAGGACAUUAUACAUUGUGGAUUGAUGCCCAAAGACAUUAGACUGAUACGGAAAAAAGACACAGGUGCAUCACGCGGUUUUGCCUUUGUCGAGUUUACAACACUAUCGGAAGCCACCCGCUGGAUGGAUAUGAAGCAGGGCAUAUUAAUGCUUCAGGAUCAAUAUAGAGCUAUUAUGCAAUAUAGCAUGCCCAAGGAACUAUGUCCGCAAUCUGAGAAGGCCCCCACACACAAAGCAUCAGCAGAUUGGUUUUGCAUUAAGUGCGGAGCCCAAAACUUCAAAAGACGUGAGCUAUGCUUCAAAUGCCAUGCAUCCAGGAUGGAGAGCGAGGAAGGAGGCAGCGGCAGCGACGAAAUCUGUUCCUAUACGACUAAGACAAUCAUGCUACGCAAUUUGGACGCCUUGACUACUGAAGACACAGUGAUGAACGUUUUGAUCGUGGUCAUUCCGGACUUGGUUAAAAAAAUAUCAGCUGUCGCGAUCGGUCGGGAUUCACUAACAUCCACAUCCAGAGGCAUAUGUUACUUAGGCACAGAAACUACUAUUGAUGCCCUAAGCUUGUACGGCGCACUGAACAAUCUACCAACGCCGCUCAGCAUUGAUGGAAAGACAGUUAUUUUAUCUUACUGUAAAUAUAACAUGGGAGAUACAAAACAUGUAUAUGCAGAACCGGAAUCGACGUUCGCAACACCAUCAGUUCCUACCACCUAUAAUCUUAGCGACGUCGAUAGCCUCGCUGAUUAUUCGGCCAAUAAGUUUGCGAAGAACAGUGUCGAUUAUCAGCACUAUUUCUUGUACUAUAAGAACUAUUUUACACAACAAAUUAAUGCCGGAAAUUCGAUCACUUUGCAUCAAGAGAAUCAAAUGGAUGCGGCUAACGCUGCAGCGGCAGUAGCGCAAUCGGCCAUCCAACAGAUGCAAGCCAAUAAGACGUUUUUCGAUACAACCCACAUGUCAGUUCCGAACGGCACCGACGGCAAGAGAUAUCCUAUACCGGACAUUACCAAAUAUACAUUUGAUAAAAAUAGUGGAUAUUAUUACGAUCAGCUAACUGGGUUAUAUUACGAUCAAUCUUCUCAGUACUAUUGGAACAGUGUUAUUCAAAAGUACUUAUAUUGGGACAGAGAAAAACUCACUUAUGUUCUUGCACCGACGAAUUACGAAACGUUUGGUAACAACCAGCAAACUCCAGAGGAAGCGUUGCAAGGACCUACAAAGAAGACGAAGGUAGAGAAACAAGAUAAAGUAAAAGUUGCAAAGAAAAUCGCGAAAGAUAUGGAGAGAUGGGCGAAGACGCUGAAUCAAAAGAAAGAGGUACAACCGUCCAGGUUUAACGAUUCAGGACCAGGGGGAAUUGGCUCAGCCGCUGCUGAUAUUGGCUUUUCUGUCUUAGAGAAAAAAGCAAUGCCUAUGAAUAAUGGAUACGUGGAGGCAGACAUGUCCAAUCAUGCCCCUCUCGUCGCUGCAUAUGGUGGCGAGAGCGACAGUUCGGAGGACGAGGAACCCAAAAUCAAUGAUUUAGACUUUUUAGAUUUCAACACUCUCAUCUGCAAUUUAUGCAAAAGGAUGCUUCCGAAUGCGGAAGCAUUAUCUAAGCAUGCUCAAUUUUCUUCUAUUCACAAACAGAAUUUGGAGAAUCUUAGAAAUAAGAAGCGCAAGGAGAAUUCUGCAAACGCAGCAGAGAAAAUUGUUUAUAGGGACAGAGCUAAAGAAAGGAGACUAAAGUACGGAGAUCCAGAUGAGCCACAGCCGAGUAAAUUGAAGGAAAAAUAUUUGAAGUCCAGAGAGAUCGAAAUCCCUGUGGCAGCAGCGUCGGUUUCCGAACCGAUAGGUGCUGAGAAUGUGGGCAACAGGUUGUUACAAAAAAUGGGUUGGACUGAGGGCCAGGGCCUUGGAAAAUCAAAUCAAGGAAGGACGACCAUUAUUCAAGCGGAGCAAAGGGCUAGCACCGUCGGAUUGGGCAACAAAUCGGGUUCGUACCAGGCAUUGGCAGGUGAAUCCUAUAAGGAUUGUGUGAAAAAAAUGAUGUACGCAAGAUAUCAAGAACUAUCUGAAAAGGACAACUGAGAAUUAGUUCCGUUGUUUUCUGUGCCAAAAGAACGUAUAUAUAUAUUUUGGCCCUAUUCGGGGAAAACACACUUAAUAAGCCUUAAACGAAAAAUAAUUUGCUUUUGUAGAAUAAUUAAUUAUUACUCAUUAACUAUGCAUUAUGUUAAUAUCGUACGAUAUAUGAUUAAUUUUGAAACACGUCUUUCUGUACAGUACAUUAGGUUUAGAGAAAUAGCGACUAGUUUAAAUAUAAUUGGUGAUUCGGAUGAACGUUUCAAUGAUUUGUACAAAUUUAAUCCAGCUUAUUGCGAUUCAUAUACUUCUGAAUGUAUCAUUUCAAAGCAAAUUGGUAUUAAAAUAUUUUUUUUAUUACGAAAUAAAGAUAAGUUUACAUUUUCAACAUUAA